AUGAGAUCACUCGAACAAUUUUCCAAAAAAAAAGACCUAUUACAGUAUUCGGUCCCGGCUGGAUUGGCAUGGUUCAUUCAAGAAUUUCCUGCUUUCAUCAUCCCAUUUGUCUACACAUUUCAAGCCAAAACAUAUUAUGGAAUUCUCGCAAAUCUUCUCGUUCUUUCACACUAUUCUAACAGGUACUUUUAUCUUUAAGUUUUCCAAAAAAAAAAUCAUUUCUUUUCAGAACAUUUGUUUUUCCAUUCCGAUUGAGAUCAAAAAAUGGAUCGCCCUGGUUUAUUGUGUUGUUGGCUGUUGGAUUUUGCUGCUGGAACGGGUUUAUUCAAGGAUGCUGGAAUGCGAAUUAUCAGCCGGAAAUUCGAAAUAUUGAUUGGAUUUCAAUUGUGCCGGGUGUUGCUAUUUUUCUAACUGGAAUGUUGAUCAAUCAUCGAGCUGAUUCGAUUUUGUUGAAUUUGAGAAAACCGGGAGAAAGUGGAUAUAAGAUUCCGAGAGGUAAAUAUACAGUUUAUUAUUUUUGAGUAGAGACAAUGUGAAAUUGAGAGACUUCAGACAGAACAAUUGAUUUUUCGCACAAAAAAUACAAAAAACUGUCUGCACUCUCUCAAUUUCACGUUGUCUCUACUCAAAAUAAUAAACUGUAUAUUUUGUUUUUUCGACGUUUUUCUGCAUAGAAAAAUAUGUUUUUUUUAUUACAAAAUAUUAUUCAGAAAAAAAACAAAAAAAUCAAGCCACCUAGGGGACUCGAACCCCUGACCUUAAGAUUAAAAGUCUCACGCUCUACCAACUGAGCUAAGGAGGCCACGCUGUUCUUCACUCAAAUUUCUCUCAAAUAAAAACAAUGUAAAAAAUUCCAAUUUUUCUAGGAGAAUUGUACGAAUAUAUCUCAUGCCCAAAUUAUUUUGGAGAAAUAAUUGAAUGGACUGGUUAUGCAAUUGCUGUUCAAAGUCUUCCAGCCCUCGCUUUUGCUAUCUUCACAUUUUGCAAUAUUGGACCAAGAGCAAUUCAACAUCAUCAGUAAGUAUUUUUUUCUGAAAAGAUUUUUUUUCUAACAAUAACAUAAAAUUUCAGAUGGUAUAAAUCAAAGUUCCCGGAUUAUCCGAAAGAUCGAAAGGCCCUGAUUCCAUUUAUUUGGUGA